UCUGCUCCUUUGCAAAAUCUUUUCCUCUCUUUCUUCAUACCCACAAACUGUUCACAAGACAAAACCUGAAACUAAGAAUGCUCUCCUUCAGUGCUGCUCCGGGCCAAUUCGGGCCAGAGGUGAGGGAGCCAGGGCUGCGCUGCUGGCGGGUGGAGAAGAUGAAAGCUGUCCCGCUGAAGUCCUCAGAGGUGGGGGCUUUCUUCAACGGUGACUCCUACCUAGUGCUGCACAACAAGGGAGACCAAGGAGCUGAUCUGCACAUGUGGCUCGGAGAGAAGUCCUCUCGCGAUGAGCAGGUCGCAUGCGCCAUGCUUGCCACCCAGCUGGACAACUUCCUGUCUGGAGAGCCUGUGCAGCACAGGCAUGUGCAGGGCUACGAGUCUCCAGAGUUCAUGCACCUCUUCCCCAGAGGGAUUAGCUAUAAGGAGGGGGGUGUGGAGUCUGGAUUCAGGAAACCACAAUCUGGUUCAGGCCCAGUUCAAAGGCUGUAUCACAUCAAAGGGAAGAAGAAUAUCAGAGCCAAGGAGGUUGACUUCACCUGGGAUAGCUUCAACAAAGGCGACUGCUUCAUACUGGAUCUGGGAGAGACAAUCGUCUCAUGGGUUGGCUCUCAGGCCAACAUCUUUGAGAAGCAGAAGGUUCUAGAGAUUGCAACCCUGAUCAGAGACACAGAGAGACAUGGCAAAGCCCAAAUCAGUCAUAUCUGUGAGGGAGAGGAGACCCCAGAAAUGCUGAAGGUUUUGGGUCCAAAGCCAGAGCUUAAAGAGAGCACUCCAGAGGAUGACAGCCAAGCAGAUGCAAAUAACUCAGCCUGCCUAUACAAGGUUUCAGAUGCUACAGGGUCAAUGAAGCUCACCAAAGCUUCAGAAAAAAAUCCAUUUGCCAAGGACCUUCUUCUCCGUGAUGACUGCUUCAUCCUGGACAAUGGAGCCAAUGGCAAGAUCUUUGUUUGGAAAGGCAGUGGCGCAAAUGCACAAGAGAAGAAUGCAGCUCUUAAAAUGGCAGAUGAUUUCAUUCAAAAGAUGAACUAUCCCAGGAAAACGCAGGUGGAGAUUCUACCGCAGGGCAGGGAGACAGCCAUCUUCAAGCAGUUCUUCAAAACCUGGAACUGAAAUUUCAUGGUAUUUGAUUAAACUGAGAAUACUGUUAACUACGCAGUGGGUUUUUAUCACAAUGACACAGUGGCUCAUGCAGUAAUACUAAAAUGGAAUUCUCAUGGAAUUACAAAGGUGUAUGUAUUAUAAAGAAACAAAAAUAGUAAAUGAAGAGUAAUGAGUAACCUUAUGUAUCAGUCCAACACACGUUUUGUCCAUAUUUUUAAAGAGUCUAUUUUGAGACUAAAUGAAAGAGUCUUGAAAUGACAGGCAGGAUAAUGUGGCCCCAUAGACUUCAUCUUGUGUAAAUGAGGGUAAAAAGUCUAAAGUAAUGACACAUGACACCGGAUAACAAAAUUUUAAUCUUUUUUUUUUUUGGUCCCACAAAUUGUAGCAUACAUUUGACCUUAUAAUAUAAUACUUUUUAUUAUAAUAAUAGAAUUAUAUUUUGUACUACUACUACUAAUAUAAUAGUAUUUUUUUAAAUGAUAUAUUCGAAUAUGGUUUUAGAAUAUUUCUGUCAGGCAUGGUUUUUAAAUGAGAGCAAUUACAUUUUACAAAAACAAUAUACUACGUUCAUAAAUAAUAAAAAGAAAUUUUAAUUGCAGUUAAAAUAUGCACUUCCGAAAUGUGUGCUGUAUGAUUUUCACCUAUAUUUGGUCUCAGAAACAUUCCUCUUCAGUGUCCAGCAAUAGUCUGCCAACACAGACGUGCUCAACUUUUCCAUACUAUACAUGAUAUGCGAGGAUACUUGAACAAAAAACCACUAUGGGUCAUAGACAAAUUCUAAAAACAUGUGUAUUCAUUUACAUUUAUAGCAUUUAGCAUAUUUGUAAUUCAGUUUGCAAAAAUGCAUAAACAGUUUUUUGCUGGGGUUUUUUUUUUUUUUUUGGUUGUUUUUUUUUUGCAAGGGACAAAGUCUUUAACCAUUGUAAUAUCAAAUUAAAUACAUAACCUUUGAACCCAGCAGUGUCACUGCUAAUGAUAUGAUCAUUAUUAUAGGUGUUACAAUAAAAUACUCAUUGCUUAUUGUUA